UUCGAAUAGGAGUGAUGCGUAACGGACGUUGUUAACCGCGUUCUUCAUUAUCGUUGAUGAUUUACGUUCUACGUCAAGUAUAGUUAGUUCAAAAGUGUCGUUCAUUUCUUGUUGUGAAUUAUUACUAAAUUUGUUUAUUGCUAAAUUGUUAUCCCAUAAUGUCGUUUUCAAAAGCCAGACUUCAAAGAUUUAAUGAAUUUGAAAAUGAUGUACCUCCACCAGGGGCAUAUGAUCCAAACUUUGGUAGCAAGGUGAAAGGUUUUGUUAUUGAAAAAUCAGAAAGAUUUCAUGACAGCAAAAGUGUUGGUAGUGCAGAAGGCAAUGUAACAAUAUGCAACAAACAUGCAAAUAAUGUUGCAGCCAGUUUUAGAACACCACAAUUACCACGGAAACAAACUCCACAUCAAACAAGAUCAAGUUCGAAACUAAAACCACGUGCACUUAUUGCUUCUAAUGACCAAAAGUUAAAGUAUAAUACCGAGCAUCAACUUGCUGAUCUUCAAGUAGAAUGUUUCAACAAAGACAAGACAAUACGGGAACUGAAGAAACACAUCGAGGACAUGAAGGGGGAAGUGCAAAAAUUGGAAUUGCAACUCGAAGAAUUACGCAAAAAACAAACGGACGUGGAAGAGCAACACCGAAAGGACAUAGAAACAAUGGCUGCCAUGCAACAAGAAAUCUUAAACGAUUACGACGAGAAGCAUCAAAUGGAAGCGAAGCAUCUUCGUUGUCAGCUUUCAGAAGUCUUGGAAGAAAAAGAACGCGAAAUUCAAGCAAGAAAAACUAUAGAAGGUGACCUCAGAAAUCGUAUCGCGGAUUUCUCUAAAAGAAUAGUUGCAUUAGAAUCUGAGUUAAUAAACAGUAAACAUACAAACAACAUUGAAAGAAUUCAAUUUCUCGAAAUACAAAUCGAAGAACAGAGGACAAAAUUAGAAGAGAUAACAAUGAAUCACAAACGUGAAGUUGAUUUAUUGGAGCAGGAGAAGUCUAAACUUAAUUCAUAUGUUGAUAAUUUAACGAAUGAACGUGACAAAUUAGAGCUAAAAUUGCAAAAACGACAAGAUGUAAUUCUUGAACUACAAGGACAAUUAUCCACUCUUCAAUGUGAAUUAGACGAACUAAAAGCUGAAUAUGAAAAAGUUAUUGAAACUUCUUCGAAACAAAUGGACGAUCUUAAAUAUAAAUAUGAAAAGGAAACUGAUCAAUUGAAACUCGAUUUUGAAAAAGAGAAAAUGAUUCUUGUCAAUGAAAACCAAUUUGAAAUAUCGCGCAGGAUAGAAAUUGAAGCCAAAGUAAAAGAUAUUGACCAACAAAAUAAUUUUCUUAGAGAAGAACUGGCAAAUGUUCAAAAACUUUCGAAAGAUGUUAAUAAUCGUUUACACAAGGCACAUGAAGAAUUAGAGGAAUCGGAGAGAAAACAUAUCCUUGUUUUGAAGAAACACCAGGAGGAAUUAGCUGAUGUAAUGAAACUUCACGAUGAAGAAAAAUAUAAACUGAAGCAACAAUUGGAGAGUGCAAGAGUGGAUUAUAUAAGAGAGAUAGAAAAUCUAACAAUAGCGAGAGACAAAGAAAUAGCGGAAGUAAAAGAAACAGCGACUAAAAAAAGUGAAGAAGAAAUCAAACGAGUUAAACAGUAUGCCGAUAAAAUAGUAGCAAAUGCAGAAGCUGUUACUAGAGAAACAUUAGCAGCUUGCCGUACCGAAUGCGAAGAAAGAGUAAAAAGGGUGAUCGCUGAUAGCGACGCGAAAGUAAGCGGGUCACACAUAAACGCUAUGAUCAGAGAGGCAAAGAUUACUGUGGAGGAAGAAAUGCGACUCACUGCGGAAAGAUAUAAAGCAUGUUUAGCGCGCGUAGAAAUGGAACGAACGGCGUUAGAUGAAAAAUUGGCGCAUAAAGAUGCCGAAAUUAAUAGACUUUCUGCGACUCUUAAAGAAUUAAAGAAUUCGGCAGAAACACAGGAAAGUUUCAGUCAGAGUUUACAAAUAGAAUUGGAUAGAGCAGAAACUGAAUUGGCAGAAAAGAGAGAGGAAUUACGAGCUCUGAAAGAUCAAAUUCGAACCGAGGCGGCAGAAAUGGUGAUUAGACGAAAGAGAUUCGAAGUUGUAAUGGCUGAAAAUCAAGCCUCAGUUGCUGCAUUAACUAAACGUUUGGCCCAAAGUAAUGCUGAAGUGGAAAGAUUGCAGCAUGAAUUGAAACGAGGUGAAGAUUGUAUUGGCGAGCAUCGUGAUUUAUUGAGUAUUAUGCGCAACAAUUCCAAAAUAGUACAUGAACAGGUGCGCGUUUUGAUGGAACAAUUAGACAUUAAAAAAGGAUUGGUUGAUCAACUUGAAGCUGAAAGUGUGAGCGAAAUGGAAUCAUUAAAAUCUGUAUUCGAGGCUAAGAUCGAUGAUUUCAAGAAUAUAGCAGCUAAAAAAGUUGCGAAAUUACAAGCCGAAAAUGAUGUAAAGACUGCUGAAAAUGUUGAGAUGAAAAACCAACUUGAAAAAAUGGCUAAUCAUCUCACUGAAGCACAAAGUAUACUUCUUGAAUUGGAAGAGAGAAACGAUGCUCAAGAACUUGAAAUUUCGCGAGUGGUAAUGCUAAACGCCAAACUUAACGCACAGUUGAAACAACAUGAAACAACAAUAGAAGACUUGAAUAAAUUGCUACAACAUCAAUCGCAAGCUCAUAAAGUUAGCUUAAAUGAAGCAAAUUUGAAAAUAGAAGAACUUUCUGUUAAAAUUAAAUGUCAUGAAGAAGAAGAAAGUCAUAUUCAGAAAAAUGUUGAAUUAUUUGAAGAGGAACGAAAGAACUGGGAAAGUUUUGAAAAAGAAAUUAUGGAAAAGCUCGAGGAAGAAAAAGCUCGUCGAGAAGCAGCCGAAAAGGAAAUGGAAAAUCUUUCCAAAUAUAAUGAGCAACUUUUAAAAGAUUAUCAAGAGAUUCAUGAAAAAUAUGCUGAAGUUGUUGGUCAUCAUAAUCACAGGCAAAGAAUUAAGCAUGUAUCUCAGCUUAAAGAUAAAAUCAAUCAACUCGAACAGGAUGUAUAUGCGAAAACGAGGACAAUAACACAGCUACAAAAAGUUGUAGAAAAAUUUAAAGCAGAGGAGAAGCGCACGCACAGUAAAGGAAAAGAAAAUACAGAAGUGUCACAGAGUAAUCUUACAACACUUGUUCCUUCUCCACAUAAAUCAUUAACGCCAUUAAAAGAUCGAAAUUAAUUGAAUUAAUGUUGAUAUAUUAUUAACGUAUUACUCAUUCAUCGUUUUAUUAUAAAUGCGAUUUGAUAAUAAUUUAAUUCAUAUACUAAAAACUCAUGCACUAAUCUUCCCAUGCACACAUGUAAUUGUAUUACAAUUAUUUAUUGAUGCAAUAAUUAUUAAUUUGCAUUUAUGAUAAUUAUAAGAAAAAUAGAAUUUAUAAAUGAAAAAUAGCAGAACCUAGCAAACGGAACAUUUAACCUCGCAAAAAGUGCAUUUAUGAUAAUUAUAAAAAAAAAAAAAAUAGAAUUUAUGAAUGAAAAAUAGCAGAACCUAGCAAACGAAACAUUUAACCUCGCAAAAAGUGUUAGAUUUGAUAGAAGUUACAUUUAAGUUGGAUUUAAGAAUUGUGUUCGAUUGUUUUCGACUUGUAUCAAAAGUGUUAGAUUUGAUAGAAGUUACGUUGAAGUUUAGAUUUAACAAUGUUAAUUUUAUAAAAAAAGAAACAGUUGAUCGUAUACCGAUUCAAAAUGAAUUGACUCUUAAUGAAUAAAAAUGAAUAAUGACUCUUGUUAAAUUUUUUAGACUUAGAAUCAUAAAUUUAUAAAAUUAACAAAUUUAAAAGUUUUUUAUCAAAUCUAAUAUAUGGGUAUACAAGGUGAUUUAUUCUGUUUGUUAGGUUCUGCUAAAGAUAUGUUUAGUAAUAAAAUUUUACAAAAUUGACGAAAGAUCGACGUUAAAAGAAAAGAAAAAAAGACUUGAUUUUUUAAAAUAUAAUAGACGUUUUUCUCUGAUAUUUGAACAUAUCUAGAGUUAGAGAAAUUUUAUUUGUAAUAAAUAUUUAUUUGUGAAUUUAUUUGUAAUAAAUAGUUAUUUGUGAUGAUUAAUGUGUUGAAUUUUUAAGAAGUGACAUUAAACUCAUCACAAAUGAGCGAGUACUCUAUAUAUUAUUUUAGAUGAAAUAUGUAAACGACAAUUACAAAUAUAUUUUGCGUUUAUUUUUUUUAUGCAAAAUACGGCCAUUUUGUCUGAAAAUUAGUCGAGUCCUAUUCGUGCCUCUACUUUCACCAAAUUAAUUGAUGGCAAUUAAUUAAUUGCGCGAUGGUUUUGUAAAUAUUAGAAAACGUAUCAUGUUACACUUUGGACGUUUAUUAACUAUGUUUAUUUACUAUAUAUUAUACUAUAUAUUUACUAUA